AUGGCGAGGACGGAUACCCCCGGUGUCAUCGAGGCCGAUGUGCUCAAGGAGAAGGGACAAGAGCACAUUGAAGAGGUGGUGUUAGCACGCUUGACCGAGGAGGAUCUAUGGAAGCUAUCCCAAGAGUCUCUCACCGUUUGGUCAUGGACUGGAUUCCGCCUGGCCCUCAUCAUGUUUGUGCAUGGCUGCAAUCAAGCCGGCUUUGGAAUCGACUGGGGCGUAAUCAGCGGUAUCAAUGCCCUCGACCCUUGGCACGAAUACUUUGGCUUCGGCACUAGCGGCAGUACAUAUGGCUUGAUAAAUGCGCUGAUGAGCAUCGGAACGGUCUGUGGUGCUCCAUUCAUGGGCCUCGCUGAUAUCAUCGGACGUCGUGGAAUCAACUUCUUGGGAAACGCACUCGUGAUUUUCGCCGCUGUGCUCCAAGGCUGUGCACCAAAUCUUCCUGCCUUCAUGGCUGGUAGAUUCUUCAUGGGAUUCGGCACAGCCCUUAUGUCCAGCUCUCAGUACAUUGGUGAAAUCGCCCCAAUUCACCUUCGUGGCCGGAUGGUUGGCUUCUUCGGUGCCUGCUUCCAGGUUGGAAGUCUCACAAUGUUGGGCGCCAUGAUUGGCUUGGCGAAUCUCCCCGGAAAUAAUUGUUGGAGGAUCCCUCUCAUUCUCGAAGCCGUUUUCCCGGCGAUUGUCUGCCUCACUAUCUACGUCUUGACACCCGAGUCACCUCGUUACUAUGUCAUGAGAGGAAACCGUCAGAAGGCCAAGGAGAUUGUGGCCAAGUAUCACACGACCAGCACUGACAUCAAUGAGCCAGUGGUUGAGAUUGUAGUAUCUCAAAUCGAGGAAUCACUGGAGAACGACCGCACUGGAUUCAGGGCAUUCUGGGAUUAUCGGGUUUUCUUCACAAAGAUGGCUCGAUACCGCCUCCUGGUCUUGACUUUGUACUCUCUAUUCCAACAGUGGAAUGGUGGAUCGAUUCUCACGUAUUAUAUGGUUGAUGCGCUGAAGACUGUCGGAAUUACAGGUACGAAACGACCACUGGGCAUCACUAUCGGCACGACAGCCGUCUACUUCGUUUUCACCGCCGUCGGUUCUCUUCUGGUCGAUAAGUUUAGGAGAAGAACCCUCAUCUUUACGGGAUUGAUCAGUAUGGUCGUCUUCCAGACGGCAACAACCAUUACAUCAUGGCAAUACAGUCUCCAUGCGACUCAAGCCACUGCAGCACUUACACUGUUAUGGAUAUUCCUCUAUCAGACCUUCUCUGCAACCUUUAUCGCGACCAUGCAUAAUCUGUAUCCCGUCGAGAUUCUGUCUCUGCCUCUUCGAGCGAAGGGAAUGGGUCUGUACAGUUUGAUCCAGGGCGGUGCCAGUGCAGUGCAAACAUAUGGCAUCAGCGUUGGCAUUGCCAAAGUUGGGUAUAAAAUCUGGGUGGUUUAUAUUGUUUACAACACCAUCCAACUCAUUUUGUCAUACUUCAUCUUCCCUGAGACAGCUGGUUUGAGUUUGGAGGAGAUUGAUAGUGUGUUUGAAACACCCGGAGUUCGACCUGUCAAGAUGUCACUGGAUAUCCAAAAGGCCAAGAAGGAGAGACUCGCAGCAACGAGAGAUGAAGAAGCCAGUUCUAGGUUCUGA